CACCGAUGCCACUGCGAUCGGGGCUAUUAUGGCAAUAAGUGCCAAUUCAACCAAACCGAGUGCUCAGAAAAUCCCUGCCAGGUGACAGGAGCGAUUUGUCAUCCUCUUCCCGACAACACUGUCAUCCCAGCCUCACUUUCAUCUUCCCCUCGGCCACUGGCUGUCCCACGUCUGCUCGAGGGCCCUUCCGGCAGCGGACCGUACGGGCUGAGGUCGCUGGGCAUCAAGUCGAGUGUACGCCGACGGUUCUUUUGCGAAUGCCCUCCGGGUUAUGAGGGUAAAAAUUGCGAGAUCAACACUGACGAAUGCGCUUCUCGGCCUUGCCUAAACGGUAAUAGUUAA